ACUCAAUUUCAAAGCGCCUUUAGCUGCCAGGAGAGGGAAAAAAGGGGGGGGUUUGUUUUAGGGUUCUUCAAUUAUUUCAAGUAAGGAAUUUUCUUUUUGUAAUAUCAGUUUCAUUUUUCAUUUCGAUUUGUACCUUCGAAUUUAGGGUUAAUAGUUAUUUAGUUAUUAAAUCCAAGAAAUGGCAUGAAUUUGUAGUAGUUUAGUUCAUAAUCCCCAAAUGCAUCGAAGAAUCACAGUUUUCACCUUUCAAGUUCUAAAAAGUCCCAGUAUUAUCCCUACCCGAACCACCCAACUUUUCUCCAAAUUGAAUCCCUUUGCCCGUGGAACAAAUGGGUUUGCUUUGUGUCGAUUGUUUUCGUUUACUCCGGUGCACCGGCGUGUGCCGGAUCCCGAUGACCCGAUGAACCUAAUGAAAGAAGAUGGUGUAUCGGUUUGUUCCCAAAUGUGGAUUGAGAAUUUUAGAGAACCUGAUAGGUUGGUUUCCAAUUUGAGCUCGUACCUUCGUAGAUUCGAAUUAUGGGUGUUGGCUUAUCAGAAAGUUUGUGCCGAUGAAAUAGGAUCGUAUGUGCCUCGUAGUUCAAUCACUAGGUCCGCGUUGGAAGAUUUGUUAGCUUUGAGAAAUGCUGUUCUUGAUAAUAGGUUUAAGUGGGGUGCUAGGUUAGAGUUCUUUAUAAAAUCACCUAAAGAUAAGACGGAUUACGAAUCUUUAUCGAAGAGGAAGAUUAAGGCGAUUUUAACGACUACGCAACCUGCUCCGUUUCAAGAUAAGUUAGUGCAGGAGGUUUUGCUUAUGAUUUUAGAGCCGAUAUAUGAGGCUCGCUUCUCUCAGAAGUCAUUUGCGUUUAGGCCUGGGAGGAAUGCUCAUACUGUCUUGAGGGUGAUUAGGAGAAAUUUCGCCGGUUAUUUAUGGUAUAUAAAAGGCGAUUUAAGUCCGAUUUUAGAUGGAUUGAAAGUGGGGUUGGUGAUAAGUGCUUUGAUGAGGGAUGUGAGGGAUAAGAAGGUUAUUGAUUUAAUCAAGCUUGCAUUAGUUACACCGGUAAUAACGAGUCCGGUUGAUGGGACGGAAAAGAAGAAAAAGACAAAGAGGAAGUAUCAGAAGAAGAAAGUGUUGGCUGAGGAUGAACCGAAGCCCGAUCCUUAUUGGUUGGAGACAUUUUUUGGUUUUGCACCCGAGGAGGCAGAGAAACUUCCUUCAUGGGGGCAUUGUGGAAUUCUUAGUCCACUAUUGGCUAAUAUAUGUCUUGAUGAAUUGGACCGGUGGAUGGAAGGUAAGAUUAAGGAUUUUUAUCGUCCAUCAAAGAGUGAUGUUAUAUGGAAUAGUCCUGAAGGAGAAGCAGAACAAGGGAAUACAUCUUGGCCAGAAUUUGUACCAACAAGUGGACCGGAUAAGACACGGAAAAUGGAUUAUGUACGGUAUGGAGGUCAUAUUUUGAUUGGUAUCCGUGGACCAAGAGCAGAUGCAGCAACGCUGAGAAAACAGUUAAUCGAGUUUUGUGAUCAGAAAUAUAUGAUCAAGCUUGAUAAUGAGAGCCUCCCGAUCGAACACAUAACCAAAGGUAUUAUGUUUCUCGACCAUGUACUUUGUCGGAGAGUGGUAUAUCCAACUCUUCGGUACACAGCAACUGGUGGUAAGAUUAUUAGUGAGAAAGGUGUUGGGACCCUUUUAUCCGUCACGGCGAGCUUGAAACAAUGCAUCAAGCAAUUUAGGAAGUUAAACUUUCUUAAGGGUGAUAGGGAACCGGACCCACAACCAUGUUUUAGAAUGUUCCAUGCAACUCAAGCUCACACCAAUGCUCAAAUGAACAAGUUCUUGUCAACAAUGGUGGAGUGGUAUAGAUAUGCCGACAACCGGAAAAAAGUUGUUAAUUUUUGUUCCUAUAUCAUUAGGGGUUCCCUAGCAAAGCUCUAUGCUGCAAAGUACAAGCUUCGUUCACGAGCAAAGGUUUAUAAAAUUGGUGCAAGAAAUCUGAGUCGUCCUUUGAAGGAGAGGAAAGGACAGUCACCCGAGUACCAGAAUCUACUGAGAAUGGGGCUUGCUGAGUCAAUUGAUGGCCUUCAGUAUACAAGGAUGUCUCUGAUUCCCGAGACUGAUUAUACGCCUUUCCCUAGCAAUUGGAGGCCUGAUCAUGAGAAGGCAUUAAUUGAAUAUAUAAGGCUCGACGAUCCAAAAACUCUGGAAGAGCAAAAAGGUUGCAUUCAAGAGCAGGGACUUGUUUCACCACAGGACUACAUAUCGAUGCUAGUAUGGAAUUACAAAAGAAAUGCAAUUGCGAUGGAUCAACUUUCGCUAGUAAAAAGUGCUGGUUUGUUGUCGAGCUCAAAUCGUGAGAACGAUGAUCCGAAGAACAAGGAACAAGAGGAAUCCGAAGAAAGGCUUCAUGCUUCACAAAUGUAAGAUUUUAUAACCAGUGAUUAAAAAUACUUUUUUGAGUUCCUUUGUUAGUGGAAUUUGUAUUGGUUUUAUUCAUAUAUACACAUGCUUAUCAAAUAGAUUGAAAUGGUGGAUCUUUUGACAA